AUGGUAAAAACAAAAAAAGUUUUUCAAAUGCAAUGGAAAAAAAAAACAAAUAAAAAAGUCGUUCAAGAGAUGGCAAACAGUCCAUACCAACUUUUUUUACAGCUUGUGCCUGUACAGUGCGUAACAUGGGGUCUCUUAAAACACGAGAUCUCUACAAUGGAGAGUUCCGCGAAACUCCAAGUCGUACGAAGAUCACUCAUGAAAAAACAAGGCACCAAGGCGUUGUCUCAAACAUCGGUGAUGAGCUCGCACGGAACAACAGCCUUGCUAACUUGCGGCUCGUUGGAGGCGUUUAAAAAGAUUGUGAAAAACCUUUUUUUUCAAAAAAAUUCUUGGAUGAAAACGCAAAAUAAACCAUUGGUAUUGGUUCAUGGAAAAAUCCGGGAUGUUUACGUGAACUUCUACGAUUUGCAGCGUUUAAGUUCUUUAGAACAUGAAAGUCUCGGCACUUUACAACGAAUCAAAAAACCAAGCGUCGUUUUUUGCGCAAAGUUGCAAAACAAAAAUUUGCUUUUUUUAAAACUGCUGAAGGCGAGUAACGAGAAUUGA